CUUAAUCUUAGUUAGUCUUUCAAAUUUAAAUGUUGAAUAUAUAUAUAUAUAUAUAUAUCGUUCUUGGCACAAUGUUUGGUUCCAACACUGAGUGAAAUCCAUGAAAAUUAGGAUUCGAAUCGCAAAUUCAGAAGAGGAAUCUAGUUGAACCCCAUGUUGACCUCUUGCUCUGUUUGUCUCAUUCAUGCCCCGACCCUUCUUCCCUCUUUCUCUCGAAUUAGGGUUCCGAAGAAUCCUGCCUAUGUUUCUUUCCCGCUCAAUCCUACCUUCCUUGCCUCCCAUUCUCUCCCGGACUCCCCAAACAAAAAAUGGAAAAAGUCGUGUUUUAGAAAUGAAGAAUUUUCUUCUGGGGACCUGAAACCUGAGUUUACUGAAGAUCGUACCAAUGAAGAUUUAUUGAAGCCUAAAUUGGACGAACCAAGAGGUAGAACAAUAGAUUGGGCUUCAAGACUCCAGGAGACUGCAGAUUCGGUACUUAGAGCAAUUGGGAGACCAUGGACUGUGCCUUGGACGGCUGAGACUAUAUUGGAGCAGGUAACUCUCCUCUGGAUCGCCUCAUUUUGGUUUGUGGGUUCAUGGGUGAUUCCCUUUGGAGCUCAAGUAGCAGGUUUCAGCAAGGACUCUCUGACAUAUAGAGGGCAGGCUUUGUACAGCCUACUGACAGAUGUAACCGAAGGCCUUGCAGGCGUCGCGAUCCUUAAUAGCUCUCUGUCUCGUUUUCGCCCCCUUCCAUCUGAUUUCUUUAGGUUUAGCCUAAGGGGGAACUGGCUAUUUGAUGUUGCCUUUGGGUGCCUCAUGUUCCCCGUUGUCAACUGGCUUUCAGAGUUUAACCUCGAGUUAUCGCCUCUUUUGCCUUCUGGUCCAGUUGCUCUCUCGAACGUCGAGGAGUCGAUUCUAGCACGGGACCCAGUUGCCAUGGCGCUGUAUAUGCUUGUGGUCUCAGUAUGCGCUCCGGCGUGGGAGGAGAUCCUGUUCCGGGGCUUUCUUCUCCCAUCCUUGACCAAGUACAUGCCAGUAUGGUGUUCAAUCCUUGUGAGUUCAGUUGCUUUUGCACUAGCCCAUUUCAGCAUACAGAGAAUGCUGCCUCUUAUUUUCCUCGGAGUGGUGAUGGGUAUAAUUUUUGCACGUUCAAGGAAUCUCUUGCCAACCAUGCUCCUGCAUAGCCUUUGGAAUGGCUUUGUUUUCUUAGAUUUGAUGAAAUAGAAUUGUUCUUUCAGCUUCGUGUAAAAGGGUGAGAGGUAUACAAAUUGAGAGUUGAAAUGGUCUCUCUUUUGUUGGCAUUAUCAUGCUUAGGCAAGUUAACACCAUUUUCAGUCUGGCUCUGGAUGUGCCAUGGCCUAAUUGAAAACAUCAGGCAAUGAGCAAAAUAUAGUCAAUAUACCCAACCACAUUCUGGG